AUGGCGGAACCAUCAGAUUCCAUUGUCGAAGAGAGAGAGGAAUGGAUGGUCUCACCUUUCGGCGGAGGCGAUCGUGCUCCAACUCUUAGAACGGCUCAUUUUCUCAAACCCUCGGUAAGAAGCCCCACGGAGGAGCCGGUGAUUGAGUUUCCUUCGCUCUCCGCCGCUCCAUUGAUGCACAAAUUGAAACCUAACGAGCGGCCAUUGAACGUCCAUUUUCCUGGAUGGAGGGUGCGGCCGAAACUGUGGUUAGAAUGGUUGGAUCAAUUGCAUUCUACCUAUCAUUCUGUGUGGAAACAAGUCGGCAUAUACGAAGCGAUCGUGAAAUUUCGUUACGAAAUUAGAAGAAACGAUGAUGUUAUUUUUGGAAUUGCGGAGAGAUGGAAUCCCAAAGCAAACACGUUCGUUUUCCCUUGGGGUGAAGCAACGAUCACUCUGGAAGAUGUUAUGGUUUUGGGAGGGUACUCUGUUUUGGGGGAAUCUGUUUUUUGCCCUCUUGGAACCCUAAAGUUGAGGGAAGUCGAAGAAAAACUCAUCCAAGCAAGAAUAGAAGUUGGGAGAGGAAGUUGUAGAAAUGCCUCUCUAGUGGCGUGGAUGAAGAUGUUCAAGAACAGUGGGAGCGAAAUCGAGCACGAAGCAUUUCUCGUAGCUUGGUUGUCCGGUUUCGUUCUUCCAAACACGAGUUUGGUUCGAAAGCUGGUUUUCCCCAUCGCUGUUCAUCUGGCAAACGGUAAUCGGAUUGCUCUUGCUCCUCCAGUGUUGGCUGCCAUUUACAGGGAUUUGAGUUUGCUGAGAACAGCAACAAUGGUUUCUGCCCAACGACUUGACAAUUUUAGGGGCGGAGAUUUCAUAUCAACGCUUGUUCUAUGGUCACAGUUACACAGCGACCGAGAAUUUGCUCGUUGGCACAGAGUAAAAUGUGGUAAGAUUCAUGAUGUGAGGAUUGCUGUGGACUUAGCAGGAGAGAAAUUUCUAUGGCGUCCUUACGCCAUACGCGACUGGGCUCCAGAACUCUACCCAGAAAAAGCAAAAUGGGCUGAUCUAGGUAUGGAAGAAGAAGUACAUUCUUUUGCUCGAUUCUUGAGAUCGGAUCCCCGAUUGCUUGGACUUGAUUGCACUGAACUGUAUUCGCCACAUCGAGUCGGAAGACAAUUUGGGUUGGAUCAAGAUCUUCCAGGCUGCGUCUUGAUUUCCAACAAGAACAACACACUCGGGAGUUUGAAGCUGUACAUUCCUCCCAGGCUUUACGAGGCACAAGUUACAGCUCGUUAUUUGGAUUGGUGGAAGAAGUCGAUGUUGGGUGGCAAGAAAAAUCGUACCAACACGCCUCUGAAACUGGAAUCAAGCCCAGUGAAAAUGGAGAUGGAUUAUUCAGAUAGAAACAAUAAUUCCGAUGUUCCACCUGGGUUUCCUCCAAAAUCUUACCCCAAAAUCGACAUUGGCUUUCCACCCAGAAACGAGGCCACUGAGUCUGAGAAUCAGAGUGAUGAACCAAUGGUUGAUGAAACGAUGACAACAGUGUUUCGGAAGAAUGAGGAUGUUGAUGAAGGGAGUUCUUCAGCUCCAGCAGGGGAUGGAGAUGCUUUUGCUCCACAGAACUUGGUGGAAAAAGCUUCAGGUGAGAUGUUGGAGAUGGGCAUGGAAGAUGAGGGAGAAGAAAACAGAAGAUGGGUGUGGGGUGAUGAGGGAAUAAGGUAUGUAAAGGGAGUUACAGAGAUGGAACUUGAAGCUCGUAUUAGUCGGCUGGAGAGUUUGGAUGCUGAAAUACGCGCAGCAAGAUUUGGGAACAUGACCAAUGGAAGCUGCUCUGGUUCUUGA